AUGGGGGAGGAGGAUGGUGGGUUGGAAAGGGAGAAGGGGAAGGGAAGCAGAGAUGAUGAUGAGAUGGUGAAAGACAAUUGUUCUUUGGUGGAUGCAGAUAUGAGUACAAAAUCAUUAGGGGAGGUAGGUGAGGCACUACACGAACAAGUGAAUGGGUUGGGGAUGAGUCUCUUAGUGGAACAUGGGCUAUGGGAGCUGGAGGUAGACCUAAUUGCUGAGAUUUUCAAUGAAGAGGAAGCACAGGUAAUAAGUACCAUUCCUAUUACUCGUGUGGGGGUUGCUAACAAGUUGAUUUGGGGUCUAGAAAAAAAUAGCAUGUAUUCCGUAAGGAGUGCAUAUCACAUGGUGCAACAAAUGAGAGGGGUAGGUGAGAGGGGUCCCUCGGAUGAAAAUGAGGAAAAAUCCAUAUGGAAGAAGUUAUGGAGGCUGGAUGUGCCUUGGGCUGCUAGAUAUUUUGUUUGGAAGGCUGCAAAUAAUAUCUUACCUACAAGGGAAAAUCUAUGGCAGAGGAAAAUAGUUGAAGAUUCAUUAUGCCCUAUAUGCAAAACAGAGGAAGAAGAUGUACUGAAUGCAUUAAAGAACUGCCCAGCUGCUAUGGAUGUGUGGGGAGGGAGGGAUUUUGUGCAACUUUGGUUAGAGUUGUGUUGCAAAUUACAAAAAGAAAAAUUAGAGGAAGUGGCAGUUAUAAUGAAAGAUAUAUGGUAUAGUAGGAAUAAUUUUGUUUUUCAAAAUGACUUUACUAGUCUUUGUAGAAUUGUACAGAUAGCAACUGUUGGGCUUGAAGAGUAUCAUGAAGUAAAUCGAAUGAAGGGGAUAAGCAAGAAACCAGAAACUAUAAAAAGAAAAAACACUUUUUGGGAGAAACCAACUUUGAAUAAAGCCAACUUUGAUGGGGCCUUAGAUGGUAGGAAAACAAAAGAUGAGGAUGGAUGUUGUGAUAAGAGACAAUAA